CAAUCGCAGACAACAAACACACUGUGAGUGCUCGCAAGAGCCCAACAACCACACCUCUUUUCGUGACUACCACAUACACACCUUUCCCACUACUACACCUUUCACCACACUAAAGCAAUCAUGGCUUCGAACAUGAGCUUCACAGACCGGGCAACCCAAGCCCUGUCUGACGCACAAGAUCUGGCACAACAGUACCAACACUCGCAGCUACUGCCCCUCCACCUCGCAGUAGCAUUGAUCGACCCACAACCAGAUCAGUCCAAGGAUCAGCAGACCAACCAUGCACACGCUUCACAUGCUGCUACUUCGGCGCCGAUGUUCAAGCAGGUCAUCGAGCGUGCACAUGGAGACCCACAACAAGCCGAGCGAGCACUCAAGAGGGCGCUCGUGCGGAUACCAUCUCAAGACCCUCCGCCUGACAGUGUUUCCGUAGCCCCAGCAUUCUCAAAGGUGCUCCGGAGCGCAAACGAGCUGUCCAAGACGCAGAAAGAUUCGUAUAUCGCAAUCGACCACCUGAUACAAUGCCUAGUGCAAGACAGCACCAUACAGAAGUGCCUGCAGGAGGCAAAUAUCCCCAAUUCCAAGUUGAUCGACCAAGCGGUACAACAAAUCCGAGGUACCAAGCGAGUGGACAGCAAGACAGCCGACGCUGAAGAGGAGAACGAGAAUCUUAAGAAGUUCACAAUCGACAUGACGGCAAUGGCAAGAGAAGGCAAGAUCGACCCUGUCAUCGGUCGUGAAGAGGAGAUCAGGCGAGUUAUUCGAAUCCUUUCCAGGCGAACCAAGAACAACCCAGUCUUGAUUGGUGAGCCUGGUGUCGGUAAAACGACAGUCGUCGAAGGUCUGGCACGCCGGAUUGUAGACGCAGAUGUACCGGCAGGACUUGCAGCUUGCAAGCUCCUCUCGCUCGAUGUUGGCGCGCUGGUCGCUGGUUCAAAGUAUCGAGGAGAAUUUGAAGAACGCAUGAAGGGCGUUUUGAAAGAGAUCGAAGACAGCAAAGAGAUGAUUGUACUCUUCGUCGACGAAAUUCACUUGCUCAUGGGCGCUGGUAGCUCUGGCGAAGGGGGCAUGGACGCAGCGAACUUGCUGAAGCCCAUGCUUGCCCGUGGUCAGCUGCACUGUAUUGGUGCAACAACCCUUUCAGAGUACCGCAAAUACAUCGAGAAGGAUCAGGCGUUCGAGCGUCGUUUUCAGCAGGUAUUGGUCAAGGAACCAACCAUCGCCGAAACCAUCUCCAUCUUGCGUGGCCUGAAGGAGAAGUACGAAGUUCACCAUGGUGUCACCAUUCAAGACGGCGCUAUCGUCUCUGCGGCCACGCUUGCUGCCAGAUACCUCACACAACGCAGAUUGCCUGACUCAGCUGUGGAUCUUGUCGACGAAGCUGCAGCAGCGGUACGUGUUGCUCGUGAAUCCCAGCCAGAAGUUCUCGACAACAUGGAGCGCAAGUUGCGACAACUUGAGAUCGAAAUUCACGCUCUUGAUCGCGAAAAGGACGAAGCAUCUCAGGCGCGAUUGAGAGAAGCACGAGCUGAAAAGGCUAAUAUCGAAGAGGAGUUGCGACCGCUCCGAGAGAGUUAUGAAGCCGAGAAACAACGAUCGAAGGAGAUCCAAGAACAAAAGAUCAAGCUUGAUCAGCUUCGCAACAAACAAGAGGAGGCUGAGCGUACAAGAGAUUUGCAGACUGCUUCUGAUCUCAAGUACUACGCCAUCCCUGACACGGAGCGCCGCAUCAAGGAGUUGGAGCAGCAGAAAAAGACGGCCGAGGAUGAAGAAGCUGCUCGUCGCGGUGCUGGCAGUGAGCACAACGCUUUAGUCGCGGAUGCUGUCGGCCCAGACCAGAUUAAUGAGAUCGUCGCGCGCUGGACUGGCAUUCCUGUGACGAGACUGAAGACCACUGAGAAGGAGAAGCUUCUGCACAUGGAAAAGGUCCUUUCUGCUCAAGUUGUCGGCCAGAAGGAAGCUGUCACAUCUGUCGCAAAUGCGAUUCGAUUACAGCGAUCUGGACUUGCCAACCCAGGUCAGCCGCCGUCAUUCCUCUUCUGCGGCCCUUCUGGUACGGGUAAGACACUUCUUACCAAGGCACUUGCCGAGUUCCUUUUCGACGAUCCCAAGGCAAUGAUCCGGUUCGACAUGUCUGAAUAUCAGGAGCGACACUCUCUAUCACGAAUGAUUGGUGCUCCACCCGGAUAUGUUGGACACGAUGCAGGUGGCCAGUUGACUGAAGCACUUAGGAGGAGACCUUUCAGCAUCCUUCUGUUUGACGAAGUCGAGAAGGCAGCCAAAGAGGUCCUCACGGUACUCCUGCAACUCAUGGACGACGGACGAAUCACCGACGGCCAAGGACGUAUCAUCGACGCGAAGAACUGUAUCGUCGUGAUGACAUCGAACUUGGGCGCAGAGUACCUUGCGCGACCGAAUGCUGCCGAUGGCAGAAUUGAUCCGACAACCAAGGAGCUUGUGAUGCAGGCUUUGCGAAACUACUUCCUGCCUGAGUUCCUGAACCGUAUCUCUAGCAUCGUCAUUUUCAACCGACUGCGAGGACCUAUCAUCUCCAUCGAUCUGUCGAAUGAAGUCAAGGACUAUCUGGGCGCAGCUGGAUACUCACCUGCCUACGGUGCUCGUCCUUUGGCACGACUCAUCGAGAAGGAAGUGCUCAAUCGCAUGGCCGUUCUCAUCCUCAGAGGGUCAAUCAGAGAUGGCGAGACGGCUCGUGUGGAGCUCGAAGAUGGCCACAUUGUCGUUCUACCAAACCAUGGCGAGAGCGACAUGUCGGAUGCGGAUGAUGCAGAAAUGUUUGACGAGGAAGAUGCGAUGGAAGAAUUGAAUGGUGAUGGGGGAGAUAUGGAUCUCUACGAAGAGUAAAUGCAUCGCAUCGCAUUGAGAAGGGGUCACAGGGUUAAAAGGACCAACUGCACAGCGUUGAAGCGAAGGAAAAGAAGUUUUGGACAUGGGUAUGAUUGCAGGAAUUGAUGCAUUGUAGCUCUAGGCAUAGUGACCUCGAUGAGCAAUGAAAUUCUUUUAUAAACACU